UCGCCGAUACACAGACUUUUGUGUCUUUAUAUAAAGCUUAAAGCCAGAGUUACUCAGCAGAACUUCACACCUUCAUGCGUCCUGAGUCUAAACACACUAAGCUGGCUAAAUGUUACUGCGAGGCUUCGCCUGGUGUUCCUGCCCAAGCCCACAGCUAGUUAACCUAGGUUGCUUGUUUACGUGGGUAACGUUAGCUCCCCGCGUAAAACUACAGGUGUUUGGCAGUUCACCUCAGUGUGUGACGAGUUAGAGGUCAUGGAAGAGCAGAGUGCUUCACCUGGGGCGAACACGGACAACAGUAGCCAGAGGAAUGGAGAGGAGAAGCCACGCAGGGCAAGCUGGACGAAAGGGAGGAAGAGGAAGAAGCCUUUGAAGGACAGUAAUGCCCCCAAAGCUCCAUUAACGGGAUAUGUGCGAUUUAUGAAUGAUCGGAGGGAGCAGCUGCGGGCAGAGAGGCCAGACGUUCCCUUUCCGGAGAUCACCAGGAUGCUCGGCAAUGAGUGGAGCAAACUGCCCCCUGAUGAGAAACAGCGAUAUUUAGAUGAAGCAGAGAAAGACAAAGAGCGCUACAUGAGGGAGUUGGAGAAGUAUCAGCAGACGGAGGCAUAUAAGCACUUCACCAGGAAGGUGCAAGAGAAGCAGAAGGGGAAGAGACACCGAGGAGAUGUGGGUCGGCAAUCAACCAGGGAAGCUCUUCAUGAGAAUGAUGGAGUGAUAAAGGAUCGCUCUGUGUUUGACAUUCCCAUCUUCACUGAGGAGUUCCUCAAUCAUAGCAAAGCACGUGAGGCGGAGUUGCGGCAGCUACGUAAGACCAACAUGGAGUAUGAGGAGCGGAACGCAGCUCUGCAGAAGCAUGUGGAAAGCAUGAGGAGCGCAGUGGAGCGACUUGAGGGAGAUGUGCUGCAAGAGCGCACACGCAACAGCCUGCUGCAGCAGCACCUCGACACACUCCGCUCUGCACUCACACACAGCUUCUCCAAUGUGCCCCUGCCUGGCAGUGGAGAGACUGCUAGUCUGGACUCCAUUGAUAAUUACAUGAAGAAGCUCCACAGUAUCGUGGUGUCCAGCCCUCAGGAGCACGAGCAUCUUAUUAGUGUGGUCCGGGACGUGGUCAACCGCCUCGACAGGUAAUUGAGGAGUUCUGAUGGCAGGACUGUGGACGCUGAGCUUCCUUGAGCUCCGUUUUACUUCCAACCAGUUUUUAAGACUUGUUUUACUAGACUCACCUGUUCAGAUAUUGGUAAUUUAUUUCUUUUUUUUUCUACAGUGCUAUUUUUAUCUGUUUUCGUUUCACGUUUCAGCAGUUGUAUGGAUAUUCACUCAAAUGUUUACCAUGCUAGUCCUUAAUGAUUUUCUAUGGCCGUGGAAAACCGUGCUUCAGCAUUUCAGCAUGUUCUGUGCUUUUUUUAUUUAAGGGAAGGUUUUAGAUUUUAGGUCAUUUUAUUUCCGUGUAUGAAGUUAAGUGAGAUUUUGUAUUUGUGUUAAAGGAAACUGAUUGAACCUGUAGUUGGUGUAUUUGUGCUCUGUCACUGUGCAGCAUUACAGAAAAAGCACGCUGCAGUGAGUAAUAAAUUGCAUUUGCAGUGA